GCUGCCACUACCACAUCGAAAACCAGUGUAAAGAAUACUCGCUUCAUAUUUGCCAUUCACAGCCUCUGCAACUGUGUUCGUAGAAAGGAGAGAUGGUUGGCAUCUCCCCUGACAGGGACGGGAACGGCUUUCGGGCCUUCUUGUUACCAGCACACCCGGUUAAGGCUUUCCACCCUAGCGGUGGAUCUUCAACCCAAUUUUUUCACCUUCCCUUCUGUUUUCCUGUGCGCGCCAGUGAUGGAUUUUACAACCCGUUUUUGCUAAUCUAACUCGGUGGGUUUUUCAUUCUGUUGAAUUCUCGAUAUCAAUUCACUAGCACAAGCUUCUACAUCCGGGGGGGCAAACUUCGCAUUCAAUCUCUCGUUGCAUCGGAUAUAGUUUGUGAAGGAAAGGUACGCACUCCAACUGUUUGAUCAAAUGCUUCUAUGAAGGACAUUUAUAUUGCUGAGUGAGAUUUUCCCAGAACUUACUUUGGCCCUCUGGGAACCCCCAGUUGGUUCAUUGCAGAAGUGUCUCGACAUGGAUGCAAUUUCAUGUUAGUCAAUGCUAUCGAAGCAGUCUCUAAUAGAAUAUCGGUAGAUCGGCUUGGGAAUAUGAGCCACUUAGAUAUUAAUACGCUAAUAGCUACUACUUCUCUAUCCUGGAAGUGAUAGUUGAGGUUCAAGUAGAGCAGCCACCUGAGUUUCUUUAGAUGGAGAAGAUUCUUUCAUUUUAUCUCAUGGCCCUGUAGAUAGAAUCUAGAUGGCCAACACAAUAAGCUAGAUGAUGGUUCCAACAGGUUAUGUGUAUCAUCUUUACUUUUAAUAAAAAUAGUUAGGGUUUUCUGAUGCUGUUUCUCAUUUGAUGUGAUCAGGGUUUGUGGUUUGAUCGGGAUUAUGCCUUGUGAAUGCUGCCAUGUCUGAGCACAUAUUGUUCUGUGCUAACUGCUAAGCAGACAAGGGAUUUCCACUGUGAAACAACUUUUGGAUCUUCCUAAGCCGAGCUUGCAUGCAGUGAUUGGAAGUUUCCCUCUCUCAAGCUUAUACCAGGUGCAAUUUUAAGAACACAUCUUGAAUAUUUUUGGUAAAAUCUGAAUGGUGAAUGCUGAAUAGUGCCAUGAUAUUGUUUUUAGUCAUCAUAGACUCAUAGUUUUGUAAUAAUUGUAGAACGUUCCUCUGAUGUUGUGGGUAAAUUUGUAUCCAAAUGAUUGUAUGUUGUUGUGCCCAUCAAAUUCAGGGGAACUAGUAUAGUAGAUAGCUUCUUUGCUCUGUCUCCUUGCUUUUACUGUGAGAACACUGUGGUAGCUAGAUGCAUUUGACGUGAACUCUAGGGAUCACUCUGUGCUUAUAAGUAGAAUCUGGGUUGUUAAUCAUGUUCCUCUAAGUUGAACUAACAUGGUGGAUGUUCUGUAUAUUUACUCUCCUUGCUUUUGUUGCAUGAGAACUACUGAGGCAGCUAGAUGUAUUAGUCUAACUCCCUAUCAAGUGAACUCCUAGGUGUUCAUUAUUUCAUUAUGAGCAGAUCUUGUGUUGUUAAUGUCAAUUUUGCGUGCCAGACUCGAAGUAAUGAGAAAGAAGACAAAAAAUGACACUUUCAUAUCGAGGCCUGAAGCUAUCAAGAUUCUGAAAGAAGUUCAAAAGGUGGAGAAGAAGAGGAUUGUUAAGAGCACUCUCUCUAAUGAAAGAAGUUCCAGAAGUCACAACAUGAUUAUCCUAGAUGUUCCAACAGUGGGAGGUCGCUUGAUGCUUGUAGACACGGUAGAAUCAGAAAACAUUGACCAAGCUGGGCAAACUGGGUUUGAGGCUAAGAUGAAGUAUCGUGAUGGUAUCACUCAGCAUUCUGUCAAGACUUCUACUAGUGGUGCGAGACAAAUAAUAGCUAUGUGCCAUGGUCUGAUGUGCAAAAGGCGUGUCUUCUAGCUGUUGUCCUGGCUGACUUGAGUAGUGGCAUUCACUAUCUUGCAUAUGGAGACUGGAUUUUAUCAGGUUGGUGUCACCUUAAAAUCAGCUUUCUUCUUCAAUAAGUCGUCACCUCGUGCUGAUUCUUUCUUUACGACAGAGGCUUUCACUUGCAAAACCAGUAUUGUUGAUAUUAGUGAAGCAAUAUCUUCUCUGUUCUUGAAUACCUUUUCCAAAUGGCUCUUGGAGUUUAUCCUUUUCCAAAUGCCUUUUCCAAAAUAUGCGGCUGAAAGUUGCUUUUCGCAAACCCAGGCGAGCUUAUUGAGCUUUGUCCUCUGGUUGGUUAGACUAUUGAUCGAAUAUUUCCUUCCUAAAUCUGUGGUUUUAGGUUUUCUGUAUUGAUGAGUAUGCAAUCUUCCGUGUUUCAUGUCGAUUAUGUGUCCUAUUAUCAAUCGACGUGGCAACUUGAUGAUAUGGCCACUAAGUAUUUGCUAAAUGAACAAGGGUUUAGAGUUCCUUAAAUCCCUAUUUUUCCUUUUUAGUAUGACUUGGGCUACAUCAGUAAGACAAACAAAAGAUAUUACAUUGA